CGCACUCCGGAAGCGGCUCUCUGUGGCGAAGCUGAGACCGCGGGUUUGGAAAUGAGGGUUUAAGUUGGCUGUGGCCAAGUUCGCGCCAGCCUGGUUUCCAGCUCCUGUCUAGUUCACAGAGGAGUCCUUCACGAGUUUUUCCCGCUCUGCAACAUGAGUGGCCUGGCCUCGCAGUGAUUUCCGUGAGCGUGGCUAAGGUGGGACCUAGGUUGGGUUCAGGACAGGCGAGGACGCUGCUCUAAACUACAUCACUCUAGCCGCUCUGGCUCUCUCUGGCUGAACUAGAGAGGGCCUGGAGGUUCCCCCGCGUUUCCGACGUGAACCUGGCGUAAGCAGAGAGCUGGGGUUCGGGCGGUGGCGGGGGGGAGUCAUCGACCAGACGCUCUUUGUAAUUCGGAGAGAGAGAAAAACGACUGUUGUCCAGCAUUUUUCUUGGAGGAGGAGAACUAAGCAAUAGGAACAUGUCUGUUUUCCCUAAAAUAUCGUUGAGACUUGAAGUUGAAAACUACCUUAAAGCGAAUUUUUUGAAUAAGGAGGUUGUAUCUGCUUUUGGUAAACAAGAAGCAGAAAGGAAGUUUGAAACUCUGUUGCAAAACUUGUCCCACCCUCCGUCAUUCACGACUGUCAGAGUAAAUACACAUUUAGCCUCAGUACAACAUGUGAAAAAUCUGUUACAUGAUGAACUUCAGAAGCAGUUUAAUGGAUUAAGUUUUCCUGUUCUUCAACAUCCAGACCUUCAGGAUGUCUUACUCAUUCCUGUUAUUGGACCUAGGAAGAAUAUAAAACAACAGCACUGUGAAGUUAUUGUUGGAGCCCAGUGUGGCAACGCAGUGUUACGAGGAGCCCACGUGUAUGUUCCAGGCAUUGUGUCAGCCUCAAAAUUUAUGAAAGGUGGAGAUACUGUUUCCGUAUACUCUGAUAUUAAAGGCAAAUGUAAGAAAGGAGCCAAAGAAUUUGAUGGAACAAAAGUAUUUCUUGGAAAUGGGAUUUCUGAACUAAGCCGCAAAGAAAUCUUCAGCGGGCUACCUGAUCUUAAAGGCAUAGGCAUAAGAAUGACGGAACCAGUGUAUCUCAGCCCUUCAUUUGACAAUGUACUGCCUGGCUACUUAUUUUUACAGAAUUUGCCUUCUGCCGUAGUAACACAUGUUCUGGAUCCUCAACCUGGAGAAAGGAUUCUGGAUUUGUGUGCAGCACCUGGAGGCAAAACAACACACAUUGCAGCACGAAUGCGUGAUCAGGGAGAAGUGAUAGCACUGGAUAAAAUAGCCAACAAAGUAGAAAAAAUAAAGCAGAAUGCAUUAUUACUAGGCCUGAAUUCUAUCAGGGCAUUUUGCUUUGAUGGAACAAAGGCCCUCAAACUUGAUACAGACACAGAAGGAGAACCUCCAUUCUUACCCGAAUCUUUUGACCGAAUUCUGCUUGAUGCCCCCUGCAGUGGAAUGGGACAGAGACCAAACAUGGCUUGUACUUGGACUCUGAAGGAAGUGACAUCAUACCAACCAUUACAGAGAAAACUCUUUACUGUGGCAGUUGAGCUGCUGAAGCCGGGGGGCGUGCUGGUUUACAGCACAUGCACUGUCACGCUGGCAGAAAACGAAGAACAAGUUGCCUGGGCCCUGGGAACAUUUCCCUGCCUUCAGCUGCAGCGCCAGGACCCUCAGAUCGGAGGAGCAGGGAUGAUGGGAGCCGGCCUGACAUCUGAACAGUUGAAACAGCUGCAGCGAUUCGAUCCGUCCGUGGUGCCAUCAUGGGACACUGACAUUGAUUCUCUCAGAGACACCAGAACAGAAGACAUGAUCCGGCUGGCAAAUCAGGACUGUAUAGGUUUCUUCAUUGCAAAAUUUGUAAAAGGCAAAAACACAAAGGUUUCCAUUAAGAAUUUCUCGAAUCUGUUGUAUCCAUCAGGAAUGCCAGGUCUCGUGGAUCAGUGUGACCCUUGACGUAUGAAUAAGUUGAGAAUAUCCAGAACUAGCAGCACUGCAUCACCGUGCAGAGGGUGAGGAAUUAAAUUCAUCAUCAAGAUGGAUCUCCAUUUUAAGAAUGAACAGUAAAAUUCAAAAUCCAAGUCAAGAAUUGCUGAAUACAUAAAUUGAAGGUGGGGAGAAGUUGACUCGGCUGUGCUCAGGCCUCAGGAACCUUUUACCUGCCGGAAGCUGUCAUUUUAUCAGACGUGAUGGGAAGGCCCCACAGGAAGAUGGGCCAUGAGUGGGAGGUGCUGGAGCAAGAACAAGGAGCCAGCAGAUGCGCGCCCCCUCUGGCUGUGAGCUUCCUCUCGUCCCUGCCCGCCCCCCGGACCCCGCAGCAUCCCGUGGCCUGUGACCUGCAGGGCAGGUGGGUGGGCGCCUGACGCCAGGCUGGUUUCUUCAUCCGUCUUCCGCAUUCAGAUCCACUCGUGCACACUCUCGCACCCAGACCCACACGCAUGCACACAUGGAACUCCGGCUCAGACGACAGUGGCCGCGAAGCACGCGGUUGUCGCAGGCAGUGCCCACCGAUGGAGUAGAACAACCUUUGGAGUUUGAUUAUAUUUACCAUCAUUUACGGUCAAAAUCGUUGACUUACAAGGAUGGGAAAACAUUCAGAAAUCAGCCUGUUCAAGUCAAGCAGUCACACGUAUUUACAGUAUGUACAGACUUUCUCCUAGAACGGGGAUAGGUGUCUGGACGAUGGUAUUACAAAUUUCCUGAAGGUGGGCGUUUCUAGUCCCUGUAAUUCAUAAAGCAAAUCUGCUGACUUGGCA